AUGGCCCGUCACACCGGAAGUGAAGAGAACAGACUGCGUGGCUACAAGGCAGCCGCCCACAACCUCCGUAACUCAACCCAAGCCCGCACCCACGCCCAAGAAGAAGCCAACAAGCUCUCCGCCGAAUACGAGCACGAGCCCGAGCCAGUCCAAGCCGCCGAGUCGUCCGAGGAAGAAGAACAGCCCACCAUGUACAGUGCUCAACACGAGAGAAACGUCAAGCGUGGACUGAAAGCGGCUGUGCAUAAUACGCUUGUUUCGGAGGGUGCCAGGCAGAAUGCGCAGCGGAGACUUGAUGAGAUGUGA